AUGGAUACCAUAUUCCAGUAUGCCGCGUACUGCGUCAUUACCCUGCUUCUAGUUGUCCUGGGCUCCCGUCUGGUUUUCAACCCUCUUAAGGCAUAUCCGGGUCCCUUCCUGGCCCGGCUUACAAACGGAUACGCUGGUUGGCACGCCAUAAAGGGAGAUAUCCAUCUCGUUACAUACCGAGAUCAUCUUAAGUAUGGCCCUGUUGUCCAGCAAGCUCCGAACAGACUCGUUUUCAACACCUUGACUGCCAUCCAGGACAUAUAUUUGAACCCUCGAGUUGCAAAGGCUCGAAUCUAUGCGAAUGCCCGUUUCAGAAACACGCCGAGCGUCUUUACGGCCCUUGAUAGAGCAGACCAUCGUCGUCGGCGCAGGGUCGUCGGGCAAGCCAUAUCUGAACGCUCAAUGCGCGAAUUCGAACCAACUAUGAUGUCUCAGAUUGACGUUUUCCUCGUGCAGCUUCUGCACUCCAGCCGGCAGGGACAGGUUGUUGAAAUGACAUCGCGUUGCAAGUGGCUCGCCAUGGAUGUUAUAGGUCUCCUUGCGUUUGGUGCUUCUUGGAAGACGCAGACGGAAGAGACACUGCGAUUUCUGCCUAAGGUGUUCGCUGCCCUCAAUCCCCGAGUGUAUAUGUUCAUGAACUGGCCAAAAACGCACAAGAUUGAUCCGGGUGUGCAAUGGCUAGUCAGGGGACGCAUCGAGAGGUUUCGUGGAACUACCACAGCGACGGCUAUGUGUACGAUCUUCUAUUACCUUUCACGAAACCCGUCAGCUUACGCCCGACUCGCUUCCGAGGUGCGGACGACGUUUUCAUGGGGCAGUGAAAUCCGAAAUGGACAAGACCUCACGGGCUGCAAGUAUCUCCGUGCCGUCAUCGACGAGUCAAUGCGCAUCUGUCCUCCAACACCAGGCGUGAUGUGGCGUGAGAGGGACCCUCUCUCUAACGAGCCUCUCGUUGUGGAUGGGCACGUCAUACCGCCAGGAACCUUGGUUGGUGUUGGCACUUAUAGCUUGAUGCACAAUCCCGAUUACUUCCCGGAGCCAUUUGCUUUUCGUCCGGAGCGCUGGUUGGAAGGAGAUGCAGAGACCCCCGAACAAAAGGAGACACGGGCGAAUAUGCGACGCGCCUUCAUCCCCUUCAUCCUGGGAGACCGUUCCUGUGCAGGCAAGGCUGUGGCUUACCUCGAAAUGAGCCUGACUGUGGCCAAGACGAUGUGGUAUUUCGACUUCGAGAGGGCUCCAGGGCAGGCGGGGGAACUUGGAAGUGGACGAAAAGGUUUGACUGGGGGGAGAGAUCGGCCAAAUGAGUACCAGCUUUACGAUUGGUUUAUGGCAGACCACGAAGGGCCGAAUUUGGUUUUCCAGCCACGAGGGAAACAUUGGGAGGAGUUGACCUAA